UUUAGCAUUUCUCUUUAUUUUGCACCAAAAAAAAUGUUCAAAGAUUUCCCAAAAAUGUUGAAAAUGUGGACAUCAGAAGUUUCACUGCGAAAAUAUAUUUUUUUCCACAUUUUCAAACUUUAAAACAGGUCAAUUUUGACCCGCAGGACGACAUGAGGGUUAAAGAAGAAAAAAAAUAAGUUUCACCUGUUUGCCACAUGCACAAAACAGGAAGUGAGUCACUGAGAGCAGGUCUAGAGUCAUUUUGGACAUAUUCACACCAGCAGGGUUAAAUUCGCCCUUAAAGGGGUCAUUAUGGAAAAAAUUUACAAAAUGUAAUAAUUGCGGGCACACUUUUAUUAUUUUGAAUGAAUUUUGAGUUAUUUGGGACAAUUUUUUAAAAGUCAUUUUGCAUUUUAUUUAUGCUUGAGUAUAAUUUGUUAAUGAUACCUUGUAGCUUUGUUAUUGUUUUUAUUAGUAUUUAUUUUUAUUAUUUAAGACAUGUUUAAUGUUUUUGAGACUGUCCUGUGUCACAGAGGAAGCAGAGGAUGGUUUCAGUCCAGGCUUGCAGGUUGAUCCAAUUACUGUCAAAUUAUUUCUUAAAAACAACAGAAAAAGAAAUGUCACCCUUUUGCCCUGUGCACAAAACAGGAAAGCACAUGUUGGAGGGUAAAAAGUGAAUAUGAGUGCAUUUAAAAUCACUCCGUCAGUUACAGAUGGGUUUAUUAGUUGAUUAUUAUUCAUGAAAUGCAAAAUAUUUGCAGUUUACUGUUUGUUAAAUGCAAGAAUUUCUGUUUUAUGUCACUGGCAGUUUGAUUAUGGAUGAAUGUUUUGUCAUUUAUAAAGUAAAAAUGUCAAAACCUACAGCAGCAGGUCCUCAGUAAUGAGGAUUUCUUUAGACCUUUAUAUUUUUCUGCUAAUUGUUUUCUUGAUUAAUUCCAUUAUUUAUCUAUAAAUUCUUGGAUGUUUAGUCUAAUAACUAAAAGAAAAGCAGCACAGCCUCGUUUUGAGGAGGUUACCUGUAAAUGUUUGAGAUUUGAGGUUAAAAAUUUACAUGUUUUAUGUGAUAGUAAACUGAAUCUGUGAACAUGUUUGAGGUUUAAACUUGCUGGUCGAACAAAAGAGGAAAUAAUGUGCUGGAGGCUAAACCUGCACAUUUCUAAUCACUCCAACGCUUUGCAGAGUUCAGUUAGAGAUUCAUGUUUUUAGCUGGUCGUUAUUUAUGAAGUGAAAAUGUUUAUAGUUUGUUAAAUGCAAGAAUUUCAGUUUUACAUCAGUGUCAGUUUGGUUAAGGAUGAAUCUUUUGUCAUUUAUACAGUAAGAAUGUCAAAAACCGCAGCAGCAGGUCCUCAGUAAUGAGGAUUUCUUUAUUUUCAUGUUCGAUUAUUCAGCUGGCAUUUGAGGUUAAAAAUUUACUCUCUUUAUAUGACAGGGAACUGAAUCUGUCAAUAUGUUUCUGGUUUUAGACUUGCUGGUUAAACAAAAGAGGAAAUAAUGCGCUGGAGGAUAAACCUGCACAUUUACAGUCACUUUGUAGAGUUUCAGUUAGAGAUGGACUUUUUGAGUUGAUUAUUUAUGAAGCAAAAAUGCUGAUAUCUGCAGCUUUUGUCUUUUCACAUGCAAGACUUUGCAGCUUUCUUCUGUUUUUAAUAACUGUUAGAAGCAUAAAAGAUGAAUCUUUCUGUCAAAAACACCUAACAGCAGAGAUGAGGAUUUGCUUUAACCUGCAUCUGCUUUCAUAAUCACUUAUUCAGCUAAUUGUUUUUCUGAUCAGUUCAAUUUUUACGCUACGCAUUCUAAGAUUUUCACUUUACAAUCUAAUACAUCGCAGAAAAGCAGCACAGCCUCAUGCUGACAUCAUAAGAACUCCACUCAUUUUAGCAGAAACAUUCACUGGAGUGAUAGAAACACGUUUUGUUUUAUAGAUGUGAAAUAGAAAGGAGUCAGCAGAACAGCACUACAGAUGAAGAUGCUCUUGUUGCUUCAGUGCUGCAGCCGAAGCAGAGCAUAACAUUAUCACUUCUUUCAUUGGUAACUGGUCAACAGAAGCAACAGUUUUGAUCAUAAGUUGUAAUGUGCUGCUUCCAGCUUCAUAAUUGUGAGGAUCUGCUGCUUUAUUUCAUUCUAUGUUGAAUAUUGUUAGCUUUUUUUUAAAGACUACUUUGUCCUGUUGGGCUCUUGGAAUUAGUUUUUGACAUAGACUCAGCUUGUUAAUUGCAAAAAGAACUGACAGAAUAAUUAUUUAGCCAUGAAAUCAAACAUUGCUCUAUUAAAUUCCGCACAUCUUCAACGGAGCUUCAGUUUAAUGGUUUUAUAAUUCUGCUUUGUGAAGUUACACAGUGAAAUCCAAGUUAUUUGCGCAAAAACCAUACCUUGAAAAAAAGUAAAAUAAUGCAGUCUAACUAGAUUAUUAACGUUUUUGUUGGGAAAUUUUCGGUAAACAACAGAGCAGCUUUUAGUAAUGCAUAAAACAAACAAACACAGUUAACACUUUGACACCCGGCCGUUUUUCAGACUGCUCAGGUUUGUGAACAUUAAGCUAAUCCCAGAUCAGUGGCAGCCGUGGUGGAAAUGGAGGUCGUAAAAAUUAAGUGCUUCCUGGUCUGCAGGGCAGUUUUGUCUGACCCUCUUGAGUGAGGCGGACAGAGCAGAGCAAACACUGAGCCGGUCUGCAGCAAAGCGACGAGCUGAGCUGGAAUCCUUUUCAUGUCGGCCAGCAGACGUCUCACAUCCACACGUCUUAAUGGCUUUUUAUGGCAGCUUGGAAUCUUUAUGGCUCCUCCGGACUGAAAGGGAUUCAUUGCAGAGACAGAAGGGGUCUCCAGAGGGAGGGACGGCCACAACACGCUGCAGAUGCUCCAAACUUUGCAGCACAAGGGAAGGAGACAUUGUCUGGCUUCUGGGGAGGUUUCAACCUGCCAUUUUUGUUGGGGAUUUUGUUUGGAAUGUGUUGCUUUUUUUCGCUGCUGUGGAUUGUUUUUGUGCUUGGUUUUGAGCUCUGUGCCGGUUUUGCAGAAAGCAGGACGAUGCUGAUCAGUUCUUUUGUAGACCUGAUGAGGAGUUUUGGGCCUGAUUUUCAGCAUAAACAGUGUGGUAACAGUUUUAUUUCAUUUAUACUCGCUAGUCAAAUCUGGAAUAAAUCCUAGAAACAUUGCAAAGCUGCUAAUUUUAACAUUGUAGACCAGAGGAGUUCAUAAAGAUUUAUAGCAACACAAACAAUAACCAUGUUUUCAUUGGGAUCUUCUGCAUUCUUUGUGACUUUUGUGAUCUAGUUGUGAGUCUCAGAUUACAUCUUAUGCUUAGAAUAUGUAAAUAAUAUUACAAUCUUUUACUUGUUACAGCAGCACAGUUAAACCUGAAGUAAAAAACUGCAGCAAGACUUUAUGUUUUAAGGAAAGAUCAUUUAUUUUUUCUUCUAUUCCACAAAUUUCAUUGAAAUCCCUUAAAAUCCAAGAGUAUUUUCCAACUUUUAUUUGCUCUAUAUAUUUAACUUCAUUACAAAUAAAAGCAAAGUCAUUUCCUAAAACAGCUGCAGCACUGAAGCCUCAGCAAACGUCACUCAAACACCAGAGAAUCUUGUGUUUGUUGGGGACUAUUUUUAGCUGUGGAUUAAUACACAUUUGAUCCUGUUGUGUGUGUGUGUGUGUGUGCAGCAGCAUGAAGGUGGCGUAAGAAGGAUCGGCUCAAAGUAAACUGAAGCGUGGUAACGAAGGAACGUGUCAGCCGAGUGGAUCAUCGUGUUUUAAUAGGACGAACAGCAGCAGGUUAUCAGAGUUCAGCUGCACAGAUAGUACGAGAAGGACUGAUGUCUGUUUAGGUCCCUGAAGAUCUGACUCCAGCUGCAGCGGUCAUCAUGGGCCGAACACCACACCGAGAUCAAAAAGAGGAGAAGAAGGAGAGACGAAGCAGCAUCACAGCAGGCUCUGCCCUCGACAAAUCCAACGAACCGUUCAGCUGGGAAGAAUAUCUGAGAGAAACCUCCUCCAUUGCAGCGUCCCCCACCUGCUUCAAACAGUCCAGAGUUCCUCCCUCCAAUGACUUCAAAGCCGGCAUGAAACUGGAGGCGCGGGAUCCUCGCAACUCUAACUCGGUGUGCAUCGCCACGGUGAUGGGCAUGAUGGGAACUCGUCUGCGCCUGCGUCUGGACGGCAGCGACAACACCAACGACUUCUGGCGGCUGGUCGACUCGUCGGACAUCCAGCCAAUAGGAACCUGCGAGAGGAACGGAGACAUGCUGCAGCCGCCGCUGGGUUUCAGGAUGAAUGCCUCCUCGUGGCCCAUGUUCCUCCUGCGGACGCUCAGCGGUGCAGAGAUGGCCCCCGCCUCUGCUUUUAAAAAGGAACCAGCCAGUCCUGCUAAGAACUACUUCCAGCCUGGUAUGAAGCUGGAGGCGGUGGACAGGAAGAACCCCUACUUGAUUUGUCCAGCCACGGUGGGGGAGGUCAGAGGUCAGGAGAUCUUCGUCAUGUUUGACGGCUGGCGGGGCGCCUUCGACUACUGGUGUCCGUUCGACUCCAGAGACAUCUUCCCCGUGGGCUGGUGCACCCUGACCAAACACAGCUUACAGCCUCCCGGAAACUUCUUUACCCUCCCCGGUGCACUCCUCGCCCCGGUUUCUUCCUCCUCAGCUACACGUCGUUCCUCUUUCAACUCCUCCUCCUCCAUGCAGACCUCAUACCGACUGCCCAACCCCUUACCACCCCUCCCCGUUCGCAAGGGUGUCCGAGGUCGCCGUCCCAAAUCCCAGACUAUCGCUUUGUUGAAAGCAGCGGCCGAGGCGGCGGCGGCGGCAGCAGCAGUAAAUGGAGCGUCACAGAGCCCAGCCAGGACCAGCUCGGAGGCUCCGCUGGCCCCCAGACCACACAAGAAAAGAGGGCCCAAGCCGAGGAACAAGAAGAAGGCUCGAGUGGUGCAGUCCCUGGAGUCAGUAUCAGUGACUGCUCCACCUCCAGAGACCAGGCUGAGUGCCAGCCAUGUCUCAGUGGACAACAACCUUAGCAACAGCUCAAAUGUAGUUUGUACAGUGUGUGUUUAUGUGAACAAGCACGGAAACUACGGCCCACAUCUGGACCGUAAACUCGUGCAGCAGCUCCCGGACCACUUCGGUCCCGCUCCAGUCAAUGCAGUCCUGCAGCAGGCUGUCCAGGCCUGUGUGGACUGUACAUACCAGCCCUCUGUGCUGCUGUCCUUCCUACAGAGCCAGUCCCACACUGGAGGAGAGGUCAUCAGAGUGCGGUCAGAACAUGGGAUUCGCUAUGUGAAGCUGCCCUCUGCCUCCAGUGCAUCCUCCGUGCUGCGGUUCCUGGAGAACAUGUGCCAACAUCUGGAGAGCGACAGUCUGUUCAGCUCGCAGCCGUUUAGCCCCUUCAGCAACAACACACGCUUCUACAACAGAGCCAAGUCAGAACCGUUGUCCCACGCAGAAAACGGCCUGUCCAAAGAAGAUUCCUCAAAGGAUCCCACUCCCAGCACUCGUCCUCUUCACACCACAUCUGACUACAGAGCAGCAAAGAGAGAGCGGCCAUAUUACCCCGGACACACGCAGACAACACCUCCACCACUGCGACGAGUCAGCUCCAACCCGACUGACCCGAUGUUAAUGCACAGACGAGUGGAGGCAGCCAGUUCAACAACAGGUCCAGACCAUGUGAAACAGGACAAGGAGGGUUCACAAAGCAAUGCUUCUUCCUGGUCUGUUGAUGAUGUCAUUCGGUUUGUCCAAGAAGCUGAUCCCCAAACUCUCGGUCCGCAUGUCGAGCUGUUCAGGAAGCAUGAGAUCGACGGCAAGGCGCUGAUGCUUCUGCGAAGUGAUGUCAUUAUGAAGUACAUGGGACUGAAGCUGGGCCCGGCACUCAAACUCUGCCAUCACAUCGAGAAGCUGAAACAGACCAAACAGUAGAGGAUGGAGACUCUCCCUUUUCUCACUGGCAACACACACCAACACAUUAUUCUACAGGGACGCAGUGCAGCGUGAAUCCACCUGAAGCAGGGUUGCAGCUACCAAUAAGGACACUGAGGUCAUGUCCCCGGUACUUUUUUGUAAAUCUGGAGGUUUUAGCAACAUGAAAACUGUUUCCACUUUUCAGUCUCAUACAUGGAUUGGUGGGUAUUGUACGAGCUGAGGCCAACAAACAAGUGAAGAAUUUCAGCAUCAUUCCACAGAGUUUUAUUUCUGACAAUGUGGAGAGGACUUUGAAGGAACAUUUAGACCUUCAUGUUGGUAUAAUUAAACAAUAAUAUGAACAACUGAGUAAUUAAAAAUUGUUACCUCGCUAUCUGUAAAAUCCUAGCAGCUGUCCAGACCUGAACGCAUUUGUUUUUUCAAUUACACGCCACAGUUUCAAACACGAAGUCAGCACUUACAUAACUGUAAUUAUUAUCAGAUAUCUAAGCAUAGGUAUGAAUUUAGUUCAUGUUUGUGUCUUUUUGCCUUGUUAUAAAAUAACUGGAGGCCAUUAUUUAUCAAUCGUUAUCAAUUUACCUCUAGGUUUCCACUUAUAUACUCAUAGAAGUCCACUGUAGGUUCUGCUUCUCUAAUCUUUUUCAGAUGUUCAGCUGUUUUUGUCUCUGGUCAGAAUUUCAGGAUGGACGCUCUGCACUAAAGACUGGGAAAGUCAGUUCAGGUACUGGCGGUGAACGUCUCGCUGCCCCGUUUCUAACAAUGCAAUAACGUUUCUGAAUGGCCGCGUCCGUCACAGACCGUCAAACUUAGCUUAUGCAUGCCAGUGAAUGUAUGAAGUCAUGAGCAUUAUUGCUGAGAGGUACUGAACAACAGGAGCGCCCCAGUUAUGUGAAUGAAAAGGAGCUGAAGGGUUUCAUUCCAAAAUGUUGGAGUAGUGUUGUUUCCUGAAGUCAGUCAUUGCAUAAAUAUUUCUCAUCCUUGUGUCAUCACACGCUUACGUUGUUGACAAAGAUCAUAAAUUGACUUUGGCAGAGUGAGCACCAAUUUCAUUUAUUUGGUGACCGGGUUUAGUUUGGAAGAAAACCUUUCAUCACAUGUAAAUCUGCAGAGCAAGCUGUAGAUGGAGGAAAACAGUUCCUCAAGAGCUGUUUUUCUUUUAUUUGUCUCUGUAUGCUGGAAGACAUUCAAGCUGAACAGUCUCAGCUUGAGCACUGAUGUGGCUCCAUGAUUGUAUUAUGCUUUGACAGUCACAUUAUCCAAUGCACACACAUACACAACACACACACACACACACACACACACGCACACACAAUGACUGGAAUACUGUAAGUGUUUUGACAUCAGAAUAAAACCAAUGGAAUUGAAGUUUGAGUGCUGUACAGGAAGGUUAGAUGCUCCUUUCUAAGAGAGUACACGACGGAGAAGCUGUUUUGUGUAAAGUUAAGCUAAAAGGUUGUUUUUUUUAUAUCAUUUUGUACUGUAACAAAGUGUAUCAACCUGUAUCAAGCGUAAGUGUAAUCAUUUUUUUUCUGCCUGAAAUAGUUUUUGUGUGCACCAUCAAAUAACUACCUACAGGAUGAUAUUGUGUCUGAGUAAUUAUUCACAUGUCUCAAAGUAUUUAUCUGUUUUUGAUGGCAGAAAUAUUCCAUUUUCUGAACAUUUCAGAACCAUUUUCAAACCAAAUCAUGUCUGUUGUAGCUGCAUUUCACACUGUUGCUCUCCUGUAGUGGUAACAAGUUGAUACUUGAAACCGUCUUGCUUUAAUGUGAAACUCAGGUUUUUAGUAAGGGUUGUUUCUUCUUAGAAGAUGUUUUACGUCUUUAGCAUUUUGUGUUCAUAACUACAACAUAGAGGGACUGCACAAUAACCAACUAUGUGUAUUUUUUAUGCCUUGUCAUCUGUCGCUCUGCAGCAUUUCAUGUGUAUAUAUACGACUUUUUACUGUAAGUUCAACGAAAGAUGUUUGUUAAAUAUGUUUGAUAUGCAUUCACACAAUUAAACAUUUCUUUACAUCA